UGUUAUUGAUCGCACAGUAAACUGAAAAUUAAUUAAUUUUAAUAUGUUUUCCAAUUGAAUUACUAACAAUAUAGAGUGUUCAUGUGAUUAUAACAACCCGUAAUCUAAUACAAAAUCUGUUGAUCUCUUAUUAACGCUGUUUCAAAUCCUACUAAAGUCAAAAUGGAAGAAAGUCCGGCGUUAUUAAAUUUACCUGCCGAAAUGAUAAUAUUAAUCAUAAAAUAUUUAGACACGCCGACCGUUUAUAAUAUAUACAACACUUGUAAACCUUUAAGGGAAAUAAUAACGCAAGGAGUCGUAAAAAACUUAAAGUUUUCUCUGAACAUACUAUCGACGGCAGAUUCUUUGAAAACUGAUUUUUUUAAGGCAGUCGCUUAUAGUCUAAAAGACCUGUCGCUUAGCGGAAUGCAUGAUUUAACGAAAACUAAACUCAUACAGGCCGUACGCCAUUUGAAAAGUCUACAGACUUUAGAUGUAACAUACACUGAUAUAAGCAUCUGUGAUUUACUUGACAUUCAUCCCCUGUGCCCUACUGUUAAGAAUAUCGCCAUCAACUAUAUAUUUGGGAAACUAGGCAUGACGAGAAUGACACCAGAAUUCAUUGAAGCAUGCCAGAAUUUAUUGGCAAAAUUUGAAAACAUACAUUUUGUUGGAUCAUCGAUCAAUUUAAUGUACAGCAAUUUUUCAAUACACGUUUUGAAUAAAACCAAGUUACAAUCGCUGAAGUAUACUAUAUCUGAAUGUGAUUAUGUUUGCACGACAGACGUCAGCAAUUACAGUUACAAGGAGCCAAUGAUGAUGGUUCCAUGUCGAGUUUUAUUUAUAACUAUCUUAAAUUGGAAGGACCUGAAUUCAUACUACGGUACAACUGUACAGCAGCAUCUCCUGUCUAAAAUAGAUUUAACAAAGUAUGAAUAUUGCAUAAUAACAAUGACAAGAGUACGUUAUUAUAACAUAUAUGGGUCAGAAUUGAUAAGAGGAUUCUUUGAGAGAUACUUUAAUAUAGCUGCCAAAGACUUCUUUGAAGAUCCGCAGACUCCACUAAAUGGGAACAUGUCAAUGAUAUUCUGGGAGAAAGAAAAGAACGUUUUUAAUGAAGCGUUAUUCCAAAAGCUGUUUAAGCAACUACAAGAAUAUUUUCCAUCAUUCAUCAAUGAUAAAGUCAGAAGAAAGACCAUUGACUGGUACUAUAUAGAGCCUGAUGGGUCUAAAUUAGAGACAGAGAGACCUAAAAAGGCAGGUUUGAAACGGAAGAUCAUAGCUCCGACCAUAAAUUUAAAUUACGAUGAUAUAUUCGAAGACAAGAAAGAGCUCAGAGUCAGUGUGUUUUUUGACGCUUGCUUCGGUUACGGAGUGCUUCUGGAACCCACCUAUGAAUACUUGAAAAAGCUAACAUACUUUAGCUUGACUGGAUCGAUGCGGUAUGCAACACCAUUCUUUGAUGUCUUAUUUAGUUCGUGCACAAAUCUUGUAACUUUUAAUUUAGAAUGCAAAUCAAUUUUUGCUUCCGCCGUAAUCAAAUCGAAAUCAUUGUCCGAAAGCAAAAGUCUAAAGAACUUCCGGAUACUAGGCAAGAACAUUGAUUUUAAAGCUUUGUAUUUAACAUUAAGCGAAUGCAUAUCACUUGAAAAGGUGUAUAUUAUAGAAGACAUUGAAACACAGAUCAGUGAUGUGGCCGAACCCAGUGUUUUAGUAGAAAAAUGUCAGACGUUGCGCUAUCUAUACAUUGAAGCUCCGGUCAGUGAGAUCGGUAAAGUGAGAAAGAUGCAAGCCGUAAAUAGGAUCAAGAAGAUGUAUAAUAGGAAUGCCCUGAUAGCAGAAAUGUACAGUCGAUCUCUGAACUCAAGAUAUAGAUACCAAUUUGAUCCGUUCAUAGAAGAUUUUCAUCUAAGCCCUAUCAAGCCGUUGGAUGUGAUAUAAAAACCGUUUCCUUCUUUACCUCCUGCCACCUGAUUUCCUGCUAUUUCCUCUAUAUGGCAUAGUAGUCUGUAUUUAAAAUUUGGCAGAAGGUAAUAAGUGUUAAUUAAUUGUUAAACUUACACAAUCAAUGUUUAUUUAUUUAUAUUACACUUAUCAUUCUUUCCUCGUUUCCUACCCAACUUGUUACUCUAUUUAUCUGGGUAGGAGCUAGGUAGGAAGGUAGGUAGCUUACAGAAUCAGUGCCAAAAUCUUGGUAUGAAUAUUAUAAUGUAAAUAUAAUUAGGUAGGCAGCGGCUUGGCUCUGCCCCUGGCAUUGCUGAAGUCCAUGGGCGACGGUAACCACUCACCAUCAGGUGGGCCGUAUGCUCGUCUGCCUACAUGGGCAAUAAAAAAAAGCAUAUUAAACUUAACAACAGAGAGAACUUUAUAAAAGGUUAGUUAGGCAGUCUAGUAGUUACCUAAAACCAACCAAACACUACAAUAUACUGCGGAAUGCUGGCAGAGCAAAAGCUAGUAGCAUUAAGAUGGUACCUAUUUUUAUUUACAAUGCUAGACCUAAUUUGGUCAUUUCUUUUGAAAAUAAUGGAUUAUGAAGUUUUUUUAUAUACAAUGUGCCAAGAGUUGAGAUUCUUUUGGGAUAAUCUAAAAUGGUUGCCACAGCCCAUUGAUACGGUCAGAGUAAUGUACAUGAAAACAUUCAAUAUUGCAGAUAUCAUUCUGGGGAGGUUGCUAUUUAAGUCAAAUUCGUAAAUAUUAAGUUUAAAACAAAUAUCGUCUUCUCGCAUUAAAACUGUAUAAUCUGUAAACUGUAUAAACUUACUAAUUUUACAGGAGUGUUUU